AUGGAGGUGGAGGAGCGCGAGGCGUGGGCGCGCGGACUCCCCGUGGUGCAGGAGCGCGUGCCGUACUCGCAGGUGGUGGCGCUGAAAAAGUCCAAUGAGCUGAAACACAUCAUCAAACACCCUCAGUCGUCGCUCCAGGUGCGUGGGGUAAUGAAGCGCGCCGAUGAGGCCAAGGCAUGUAUAUCCUGCGCUCUUCACACUCCCUCUCAACCCCCCCUCUGUCCUGCCCCCUCCCCCACUCCUUUCCCUCUUCUUCCCUUUACCCAGUCGGAGCCAGAGCGAGUGUUUCUGGUCUCAAGGACGACCGCGUGGUGCGCUGCAUGCUGCCUGCUCGCACCCAAUCUAACCACCUCCACCACCCCCUUCCAACCCCCCUUCCACCCCACACUCUCUCCCCCUCACCAGUCGGAGCCAGAUCGAGUGUUUCUGGUCUCAAGGACGACCGCGUGGUGCGCUGCAUGCUGCCCAGCUAACCUCCCCCCACCUACCCGCACACUCUCACUCACCCUUCCCAUGUCUUCCUUCUCCUUCUCCCCAGUCGGAGCCCGAGAAAUGUUCCCAGUGCUGACGACCGCGUGGUGCGCUGCAUGCUCUGCAUGCAAGCACUUCAACAGCCACCCUCCCCCCACUCUUCCCCCGCCUUCCUUCUCCCCCUUCCAGUCGGAGCCCGAGCGAGUGUUCUUAGUGCUAAAGGACGACCGCGUGGUGCGCUGCAUGCUGCCGCCCCUCGACCGCGACCCCUCCUUCUGGGCGGCAUGGAAGGAUCUCAGUCUAGAUUCGCUCACCAUCAACGCCUUCUCGCCGCCGCCCGCGCCGCCCAUCAUGCAACCCUGGGGGCUAUGGGGUCCUUCCUUGAAGUUUCUGCAGGACUGGGGGUGGGUGGGGGGAGGGGAGGGCCGGCGGGAGGGGGUUGGGGGGAAGGGGAAGGGGGGAGCGGAGGGGGCGGGGGAGAGUGCGGGGAAGGGGAAGGGGAAGCCGUUGACUGCUAAGCAGAAAGCGGAAGCUGCUAUGAAGGAGCGGGUGAGGAGGCUUGCAGAAGAGAGGAAGGAGACGGAGAGGAGGAGGGUGGAGAAGGAAAGAGAGCUGAAGAGGCAAAGAGAGGAGAGGAUUCGGAUGGAAAGGGAGGAGAGGAGGAGGGCGGAGAGGGAGGAGAGGGAGCAGCAGAAGCAGGAGGAGCAGGAGCAGAGAGGGGGCGGUGCGAAAGCGAAGAAACGGGGAGCAGAGGAGAAGAAUGUGGAGGCGAGGAGAAAGAAGCUAGUGGCUCAGGUGGCCAGUCAGGAGCGCUGGGGUUCGUUCUACAAGCAGGCGGCUAAUAACGAGGGCGUGCGGUUCCUGAUCGGGGCGGCGUUCUUUGUCUUUUUCUACUUUGGGAUCAUCGUGAACGUGAAGAAGAAGAGGAAGGAUUACGAGGAUCGGAUCAAGCUGGAGCGGGCGGCGGAAGAGGAGAGGAGGAAGAUGGAGGGGUGGGAGGAGGACAUGGAAGAGAUGGAAGCGAGGGAGGAGGAGGAGGCGGAGAAGGAGAAAGAGAGGGAGAAGAAGGGAGGGAAGAAGGCCGGGGUGGUGGUUGCGAAGGGGAAGGAUGGGAAGGAGGCGGAGGAUGGGAAGGGUGAGGGGAAGGGCGAGGGCGAGGGGGAGGGGAAGGUGGAGGAGGAGAAGAACCAGGCCAUUCUGGCCGGCAUGCGGUUCAUGCGGUCCGGAGCUAAAGUUCGGCGCGCACGCAAGGGCAAGCGCACGCGUCGCCCCACCUACCUGGACCUGAGUGCAGAGGUGAAAUUCUCCGAUGUAGCUGGGUUGGGUGAAAUCAGGCGAGAGCUGGAGGAGGUGGUGGAGUUCUUCCAGUCCGCGGAGAAGUACCGCCGCCGCGGCUCCAAGAUCCCUUCGGGCAUCCUGCUGUGCGGCGAGCCGGGCAGUGGGAAGACUCUGCUGGCCAAGGCGGUGGCAGGCGAGGCGGGAGUGAGCUUCUUCUCCGUGUCGGCGAGUCAGUUUGUGGAGAUCUUCGUGGGCGUGGGGGCCAGCCGCGUGCGCGCGCUGUACAACGAGGCCAGGGAGAAUGCGCCAUCGGUGGUUUUUAUUGAUGAACUCGAUGCCGUGGGACGGCAGAGGGGGCUGACGGAGGGCUCGGGCGGGCAGGAAAGAGAUGCCACGCUGAACCAGCUGCUCACGUGUCUGGAUGGAUUUGAGGGCAGAGGUGACGUCAUCACCAUAGCAGCCACCAACCGGCCGGAUAUUUUGGACGCUGCCCUGGUGCGCCCGGGCAGGUUCGACCGAAAGAUUUACAUCCCGAAGCCGAGCCUCAAGGGGCGAGCUCAGAUCCUGGAGGUGCACAGCCGCAACAAGGUGUUGGAUGAUGACGUGGACUUUGAGGCGGUGGCGCAGGUGACAGAUGGCAUGUCGGGUGCUGAGCUGGCGAACGUGGUUGACGUGGCAGCGCUCAGAGUGCUGCGGGAGAACCGAUCCGAGAUCACGACAGACGACAUGCUUCAGGCCGCCAUGCUGGAGGAGGGGGGGUACCCCUCGCCCCAUGAGGGCAGUCCAAUCAGGCAGCGCCAGCUGGCACUCAACGAGGCGGCGCUGGCCGUGGUGGCGUUCAACUUCCGCGACUUCCAGAACAUUCAGCUGAUCACGGUGGUGCCGCGAAUGACGGAGGAGAAGGGUUCAGUGCGGUACAAGCUGGUGGACACGCAGAAGAUGAAGGCCAACUUCAUCUCUGCCUCGUGCCUUCGGGACUUCAUCACCGUUCAGCUGGCGCCCAUGGUGGCCGAUGAGAUGUGGAACGGGGCCGAGGAGACCUGCACCAUCUGGGCGGACCACGCUGACGUGGCACGCCGCACAGCACGCCAGGUGGCGCUCAACGGUUUGUCGGCGCCGAGUGAGGAAGGAGCGCUGUACGGCAUCGGCGUGGCGGCGGUGGAUGCGCCGUGGCGCCACGAGGCCGUUGAUGCCGAUGCCUCCCGCAUUCUCGAAGAGUGCCGUGCCAGGGCCGCUCAGAUCCUGCGGGGCAACCGCAGCCUGGUGGAUGCACUAGUGGACAAGCUGAUAGAGGAGAAGGCGAUGGGCGGCGAGGAGUUUGCCAGCCUGGCGCGGCAGUACGGGUCGUUUGACACGCCGCCGCCCUCCCCCGUGGAGAUGCGGGACCGCCAGCUGGCACGGUUCCGAGAGGCCAUGAUGGCCGGCGAGAAGGAGCGGGCGGCACAAGUGCUGCUGGCCGACCCUGUUGCCGUGGAGUGA